GAACGUCUUCAGGGAGUAAUUGAGUGAUCUGACAAUAAAUAGCCAAUAGGACUCCAUAGGAUUUAUCUGUGCCCUGUGGUAUGCCGUUGUUCUUCCCACUCGUUCAGAUGCAACAAUGUGACCGAAAGCUCCGCGCUCAUGCUGGGACACAAGGAGGAGAGGCUGUUCCUAUACCACUUAUCUUUGAAGGCCAUUUCAAGUUAUUCAUUUGAUGGUCUGAAAGAAGUUCAGAUAAUAACAAUUUCUCAAAGCGUGACCCUGGAAACUAUUGAAACAUUAGCAUUUAACAACAUGAUGAAACUUACUGAAAUCACAAUUCAGAAUGCAAGAAACUUGAAGAAGAUUGGCAUGAGGAGUUUUAAUAAUCUUCCCAAACUACGCUACCUGAGCAUCUCCAAUACAGGCCUAACUGUGUUUCCGGAUUUAACAUCUAUCAGGUCUUUGGAGUCUGCGUUCAUUUUAGAUAUAUAUGACAACCUCCAAAUCAAGCAAAUACCUCCAAAUGCUUUUAAUGGCAACAAAGACUACAUAACAAUGAACUUAUAUAAUAAUGGAUUCAGAGAGAUACACAGUCAUGCCUUCAACCAGACAAAGAUAGCAAAGCUAAUGCUGAAAAAAAAUCGUAACCUCAGACUGAUCCAACAAGAUGCCUUCACAGGAGCCACUGAUCUUGGCGUCUUAGAUGUGUCGUUCACUGCUAUUACCACAUUACCCUCACAUGGGCUCGACUCGCUUCGAGAGCUGGUGGCUGAAUCAGUAUAUUCAUUAAAGACACUUCCUCUGUGGCAUGGGCUCAGAAACCUGCGAAAAGCUCAGCUCACCUACAACAGUCACUGCUGUUCUCUUCUCAGUGAGAGUCAAAACAGGAAUACAGCCACAAAUCAGAAAUGGAAAAACAUGUCUACAUUCUGUGAUGAGCUCAACCUGUUUGCAAGGCCACAACGUGUCACCGGAGCUUAUGAUUCCAGCCAUGUUGUGGACAUGCCAACCAGUUCAGAUCCUCUACAGUACAGUAACUAUGGCUCAGACUAUGAUUUACAUUCACAUUACCCAGAGCUGGAACUGUGUUGGAAAAGCCCAUCUCUCAUCUGCACUCCUGAGGCUGAUGCUUUUAACCUCUGUGAGGACAUCACUGGCUUCAGUUUCCUUCGCGUUGCCAUUUGGUUCAUCAGCAUUUUGGCCAUCACCGGAAACGUCACUGUUCUUCUUGUCUUCUUCUUCAGCCCCAACAAACUAACCGUGCCACGCUUUCUUAUGUGCCAUCUUGCAUUUGCUGAUCUGUGCAUUGGAGUAUACCUGCUCAUGAUAGCAUCAGUGGACUUAAGGACUCGUGGGAACUAUAGUCAGCAUGCUAUUGAGUGGCAGACUGGGCCAGGGUGCAGUGUGGCUGGGUUCCUGUGUUUUGGAGGAGAAUUGUCAGUUUAUACUCUUGCUAGUAUCACAAUGGAGCGAUGGCAUACUAUUACAAAUGCCUUACAAGUGGAGUGUCAUCUUGGUCUAAAACAAGCUGCCAGUAUAAUGGUAGCAGGUUGGGUUGUCUGUUUGGCAAUGGGUAUCCUGCCUCUAAUUGGAGUGAGUAGUUACGGUAAAGUUAGUGUGUGUCUACCAAUGGAUAUAGAAACCUCUUUAGCACAAGCUUUUGUCAUUGUUAUGCUUUUAUUAAAUGUUUCUGCAUUCUGCCUUGUAUGUAUCUGUUAUGUUCUGAUCUUCCUGGCUGUGAAGAACCCAGAGUUACCAAGACGUAAUGCAGACACGAGGAUAGCUAAGCGAAUGGCCAUCCUAAUUUUCACUGAUUUUCUCUGCAUGGCGCCAAUAUCUUUCUUUGCGAUCUCGGCUGCUUUUAAGAUCCCACUCAUAACAGUAACCAACUCCAAAAUCCUCCUUGUACUAUUCUUUCCUAUAAACUCAUGUGCCAAUCCAUUUCUCUAUGCCAUAUUCACCAAAGCAUUCAGGAAGGAUGCAUGUCUUCUGUUGAGUACAAUGGGAUGUUUUAAAGGUGAUGCCAACAGAUGUCGCAGUGAAGCCUACUCUGAAAAUAUAGCCAGUAAAAAGGUGAAAGUCCAGAAAUCUGAUGUCAAAAAUUAG